AUAUAAUAUUUGCAGCUGGGCCACUCUAAGCAAUCCAGAGCUACUGAGGGGUCUUCCCUACCCAGCUCGGAGGCGGCCCUGCGUGGAGGAUCUGCGGAGGGGAGAGUGAGCCCAGGCUCCCACCCCAGGCCGCGGAAGGCGGGUCCAGGUCAGGCCCUGCCCCCCUACCCCAGGCCUCCGCCCCUGCCCUUCCAGCGCAGCGGGCGGGCGCCCAGGUAGCUCAGGAGCCCAAACCUGUCGGGCCGGUUUUGAGAGCCGCGGGGACGCAGGCUGGUGAAGGAUGCACGGCCUGCCCCGCGCUCUGUCCGCACGCCCGGCCGCCUGAGCCCUGUUCUGCCUGCCCCGCAGCCCCCCGAACGACCCCAUGACGCGCGCGCCCGGCCUCCUGGCGACCCUGCUGGGGCUGGGGCUGGGGUUGGGGCUGAGCCCGCCUGGGGCGGGGGCCGCGGACUGCGGGUCCCUCAGCAGCGCACAGCGCCUGGCGUUCGCCCCGGCGGCCGGGGUCCACUGGCUGGCCCCUCGCGUCCGCCCGCCGGGGGCCCUGAACCCCCUGUACCGCACGGUGCGCCGCUUCCUGUCCGUGGUGCAGCUCAACCCCUUCCCCGCCGAGUUGGUAAAGACCUUGCUGAAUGAGCCAGCCUCCGUGAAGGUGGAUGAGGUGGUGCGGUAUGAGGCGGGCUAUGUGGUGUGUGCGGUGAUCGCCGGCCUCUACCUGCUGGCGGUGCCCAUUGCUGGCCUGUGUUUCUGCUGCUGCUGCCGCCGACGCUGUGGGGGCCGAGUGAAGACGGAGCACAAGGCCACGGCCUGCGAGCGAGGCACCCUCAUGGCCUUCCUGCUGCUGACCACCCUCGUGCUACUGACUGGUGUGGUCUGUGCCUUUGUCACCAACCAGCACAUGCAUGAGCAGAUGGGCCCGAGUGUGGAGGCUGUGCCUGAGAUUCUGCUCAGCCUCCGGGGCCUGGUCUCCGAUGUCCCUCAGGAGCUGCAGGCCGUGGCACAGCAGUUCUCCCUUCCCCAGAAGCAAGUCUUGGAGGACCUGGACGGGGUCGGCAUGAACAUUGGGAGCGCUAUCCACACCCAGCUCAAGAGCACUGUGUAUGAAAUGCUGGCCUCAGUGAGCAGCCUGGGCCAGGCCCUGCAGGUCUCUGUGGAUCACCUCCAAGCCCUGAACAGCACGUUGGUGGAGCUGCAGAAGAGACAGCAGGGCCUGGAGCCCUCUGUCCAGGAGCGCCGCAAGCGCCUCCUCGCCCUGCUGGAGGGGCCCAGCUGCCAGGGCUGCACCGAGGCCCAGAACCGAGCCCGUGCCCUGGAGCUGGGAGCUGACUUCCACCAGGUGUCCCCCGUGGACGAUGUCCUGCAUCGGCUGAAGGGCGUCCCAGAGGCCAACUUCUCCAGCAUGGUCCAGGAGGAGAACAGCACAUUCAAUGCCCUCCCGCUCCUGGCGGCCUUGCAGAUGGCCGAUGUGGUCAAAGAGCUGAAGAAGGUGGUGGCCCAGAAGCCUGAAGGGCUGAAGACACUGGCCGAAGAGUUCCCAGGGUGGGAGGCAGCCGCUCGCUGGAGCCAGGCAUUGGAGGAGGUGGAACAGAGAAGCCGCCCCUACCUGCAGGGAGUGCAGAGAUACGAGAAACACAGGUGGAUUUGGGGCUAUGUGUUGUGCUCCGGAGUCCUGUUUGUGGUGGUUUGUAACCUGUUGGGCCUCAACCUGGGCAUCUGGGGGCUGUCUGCCAGGGAGGACCCCAGUCACUCGGAAGCCAAGGGCGAGGCUGGAGCCCGCCUCCUCCUGAUAGGUGUGGGUUUCAGCUUCCUCAUCGCUGCUCCCCUCAUCCUCCUUGUCUUUGCCACCUUCCUGGUGGGUGGCAACGUGCAGACGCUGGUGUGUCAGAGCUGGGAGAGCAAGGAGCUCUACAAGUUUGCAGACACCCCGGGGAACUUGCCCCCAUCCAUGAACUUGUCUCAGCUUCUUGGCCUGAAGAAGAACCUCAGUAUCCUCCUGGCCUAUCAUCAGUGCAAGGAAGGGGCUGCGCUCUGGAGCGUCCUGCAGCUCAAUGACUCCUAUGACCUGGAGAAACACCUGAAUAUCAGCCAGUACACUGCCAAGCUGCAGCAGGAGUUGCAGAAUCUUAAAGUAGACAUGAAGAAUCUGGACCUGCUGAGCCCAGCCGCCCACCGGGACCUGGAAGCCCUGCAGAGCAGUGGGAUCGAGAAAAUCCACUAUUCCACCUUCCUUGUUCAGAUCCAGAAGCCCGUGGUGAACACCAACAUGGAGACACUGGCCCAGGAGCUGGAGGAACUGGCCCGGACCCAAGGCAGUUCUGUGCUGGGACAGCAGCUGCAGCAGGAGGCCCAAGAGCUCAAAAACCUCUAUCGGGAGAAGGUCCUCCCCCAGGAGAGCCUCGUGGCCAAGCUCAACCUCACGGUCAGGGCCCUGGCAUCCGAAGCUCGGAAUCUCCAGAUGGAGACCUCUGGGGUCUUGGACAACGUCACCUACCUAAAAGGAGAGCUGCCUACCUGGGCCACCAGUAUCUUGAGGAAUGAAAGUGAGUGUUUCCUGACCCGGGAAGUGGAUUAUUUCUCCCAGUACGUGGCCUGGGUAAGAGAGGAGGUGACUCAGCGCAUUGCCACAUGCCAGCCUCUCUCUGGAGCCCUGGACAACAGCCGUGUGAUCCUGUGUGACAUGAUGGCCGACCCCUGGAAUGCCUUCUGGUUCUGCCUGGCAUGGUGCACCUUCUUCCUGAUCCCCAGCAUCAUCUUUGCUGUCAAGACCUCCAAACACUUCCAUCCCAUUUGGAAACGCCUCAGCUCCACCAGCUCAGAGGAGACUCAGCUCUUCCACAUCCCCCGGGUCACCUCCCUGAAGCUGUAGGACCGAAGUGGAACAGGGGUAUUUGCUGGCUGCUAGGUGAUGCCUGGGGCUGCUUGCCUUCCUCCUCCUUUGACUUGCCCUGGACCCGAGGACUUCCGUUGCUCUUGCCUAGAGCCCAGACAGGCAUCAGGCCUGGAUUAGCCUUCAGCUCCAAUUCCCUGACCCCAUGCUGUCUCUUUUCCACCCCCUUCUGCUGAUGAACCCCUUUUUUCAUUCUCAAAAGCACGUUUGACUUUGGUUGAGCUACAAGGGCCGAUGGGUUCUUGCAGGUAUCGAGCCCUUGUGCUCCUUGCUGAAACUCGUUAGCUCCAGGAGGAGCCUGUUUUCCACCUGUUGGAACCCCUUCCUCAGCCCUGUGGAGGAGACAGAGGCCCUGCCCAACCCCAUUCUGUCACUAUCUGCCUACCCCCCCACUCCAAGCUCCUGUCCCGUUUCAUCCUCUGACCUGCCCACCUGUCCUAGCUUCAUUCUGCCCCAGCCCUUGUGUCCUCCCCACAGGGAAACUACUUUCCCUGCUUUGACCCCUUUCUACCUUAUCUGAUGGCCUUGCUGGUACCCAGAGGCUUGUCCUGCCCAACUAAGCCAAUCAGGUAAAACCGCCAGG